UCGCGCAGGCGUUCCUCGGGUUGUGUUUCAGUCCGUGGGUUCCAUCGCUCUGGGAGACGACCCCCAUCCCGCCGCGCUUCCUUGUGACGUCACUGGAGGGGCGGGUCCGCGCGGCGCGCGGAGGACGACCGGCGUCGUGAUUGGCUGCCCGGCACGUCGGCGCGGACGCGCGCCCGGGAGCCGCGCUGGGCGUCCGUGGGCGUGAGGCAGGGGCUUCCCCGCGCGGCGCAGCACCUCGCCCGCCCCCAGCCUGGGUUCCGGGUCGCCCCCGGCGGGCGGCCCCCCGCGUCUGGGCGCCGGCCGAGGAGUCGGGCCGCGCGGCGCUGCGGAGCCCGCGGGCGGCGCGAACAUGGCGGCGGCGGCGGCGGCGGCCUCUCCGCUCUCGAACAGCUUAACAGAGCCUUCAGGGUCUGGUGGAAACGCAGUUCGCCAUUGCUUGUCUCCUUACGUGGUGUAUCCUGCCGACAAGCCUUUCCUCAACAGUGACCUGCGGCGCGCCCCCAACAAGCCCACGUUUGCCUACCCGGAGAGCAACAGCAGAGCCAUAUUUUCUGCUCUGAAGAAUCUUCAAGACAAGAUUCGACGCUUGGAACUGGAAAGGAUUCAGGCAGAAGAAAGUGUGAAAACCUUGUCUAGAGAAACAAUUGAAUAUAAGAAAGUCUUGGAUGAGCAGAUACAAGAAAGGGAGAAUUCAAAGAACGAGGAGUCAAGACACAACCAAGAGCUGACGUCUCAGUUACAAGCUGCAGAAAACAAAUGUAGUCUUUUGGAAAAACAGCUGGAAUAUAUGCGGAAUAUGAUCAAGCAUGCAGAGAUGGAGAGGACGUCUGUCUUAGAGAAGCAGGUGUCCCUGGAGAGGGAGCGGCAACAUGAUCAAACACAUGUUCAGAGCCAGCUGGAAAAAUUGGAUCUUCUUGAGCAGGAAUAUAACAAACUCACCGCCAUGCAGGCCCUUGCGGAAAAAAAAAUGCAGGAGCUGGAAGCCAAACUCCAUGAAGAAGAACAGGAGAGGAAGCGGAUGCAAGCUAAGGCUGCCCAGCUGCAGACAGGUCUGGAAGCAAAUAGACUUGUCCUUGAAAAUAAGUCUGUGCCCUCGGUUCCCAGUGCCAGAAGAAUUAAAAAAAAAAAGACAAAACCAGCAGAAAAGAAGUCUUCCAGGACCUGUCUGGCUGCACAGCCACAUUACAGAUUAUGCUUGGGGGAUAUGCCUUUUGUAGCUGGAAAGUCCACCAGCCCCAGCCACGCGGUGGUUGCCAAUGUUCAGCAUGUUCUACACCUGAUGAAGCAGCACAGCCGAGCCCUGUGCAAUGACCGCGUCCUCAGCAGCGUGCCGAUGGCGAAGCAAGUGUCUUCCCGAGGCGUGAAGGCUAAGCCGUCGGCCGCUGCCCCCUCUCCCAGCAGCAUCAGUGAAGAGUUGGCAGACGUCCUACAGACUCUGCAAGACGAAUUUGGGCAAAUGAGCUUUGAUCACCAGCAGCUCUCAAGACUUAUCCAAGACUCCCCAACUCCUGAGCUGAAGGACAACUUGGAGUGUGAGCUGGAAGUCUUAGUAGGGAGGAUGGAGGCAAAAGCCAACCAGAUAACCAAGGUUCGGAAAUACCAAGCCCAGCUGGAAAAGCAGAAGAUGGAGAAACAAAAGAAGGAAUUAAGAACCAAAAAGACUCUGGAUGAAAAAGGAAACAGCAGCAGCCAUUGCUUUGGAUACACGGGGGCCGCAAAUAAGAGGAACUUGGCCAAAGUGAGGCCGGGGGAAAAAAGCAGGAAAAACCUCCAGUUGUUGAAGGAAAUGCAGACCAUUCAGAAUCUGCUACAAAGCAGUAACUGGAGCUGGGAGAACUAGCUGGUGCCAGUCCUGCGUCAACCGACGCCGACAGUCCACUUCGCAGGCCUCUCUGCGCCGUGCUCGGGGUAGCCGGCAGCCGGGUGCAGGGGUCUCACUGCAGCAGCAGCAGCAGCAGAAGCAGCAGGUCGCGCCUCCACCACACAGUGGGAACCAUUGCAGGCCACACAGACCCCGUCCCCUUGUUGUAGGUGAAUGUGCUGUCUCAGUGUGUUGCUCUUUGUAAAAAAUGAGUGAUUUUUUACUUGUGGGUGUGGAUUUUUUUUUAACAAUAGCUCUUUGUGUAAAUACAGAUGAAAUUAGGUUUAAAUUAUGGAGAAAUGAAGCUGUCGCUAGUGUGUGUCUGCUUGAGAUGUCUCAUUUCAGUGUCUCUGGCACUCACUGUCCCUUUCUCCUUCCCAGCACACCACUAAAGGGCCAGUGUUCUAAAUACUGAUGCAUUUAAAUAUUUAUUCCUAUUUAAGAAGACUGUUUGUUACGCUUUUUGACAUUUCAAACUCAUCAGUAUUUCAAAUAGUAUACUUGUGCUGAUUUUUAUCCACCAUUAAUUUUUAGAAAGACCCACUAUUCAUUUUAAGUCAAUGAACUGUGAAAUUAUUUUUUUAAAAAAGUUUUUUUUAAGCAAAAACAAAUUGUUAAUGAAGUCCAUGAAAUUUCAGAAAGCUGAGGAGGGGUAGUGUUGUGAAACAUUGGCUGUUUUUAGAUGAUGUUUGUAAUCAUGCGACAAGGCACUGUGGCUUUUGUUUUUGAUCACAUCUGUAGAACAACCACUUGGAUGAUUGCUUUCAUUAGUGUGUGAGCCACUGGACACAUGCCCGUUACUAUGCUGAUGUCUUGAUUUUAAGUGGAUUGACAUGUUUUAUAAAUUUGCCACUGAAGUCAAUAAAGCAACUUUUUAAAGGAAAUACUGAAA